AUCACAUAUUUGUUGACAAUUCCUAAUUCAUGUUUCUUGCUAAACCUUAAGCAAAAUAUUUUUUUAUUUAUUUAUCUGUCGAAUGAACAGUAUAAAAAUUACGUUCAUUACGUUCGAUUCUACCAAUCAAAGAAUGAAAUCAAAAUAAUAUCGUUCAAAAAUUAG